UCAGAUCCUUCGUCCUUGGUGGCUGGAGACAUGGGAAUGGUGCAGCAGGCUAUCCUGAAAAGAAGUUCCUCAGGAAGAGGCAGGAUCUUUACUGGAACAAGCUCCAGGCUGGAGAAUCAAGGCAGUGCCACGUCGACAUUCUCUCUUCCUGCAGUUACCUCCACACAUUUGGUCAUGGCCAAUAAUACCGCAGAGCUGAUUGAGGAAGCAGCCCGGGCGGCUCCCGGCUGUAACACGCUGGAUUGUGCAGAUUCCACCCAGGCUCUCCUUAAGACGUUCGCCUGGGUGGAAACUCCAGAUGAAGACACCUGCUGCUUGAUUUCCACUGAGCCGUCCAACCAGAACAGAGACGAGCAGCUGCUCAAUGUGAUUCAGCAGAAUAUUGCACCUGCGAUCAAGAUUACACCAGACACGCCUGUACAGGAUGAGAGAGCAGGUGGCAGCUGUAAUGAGACGAGAAAAGAUCAUCGCUCACGCGCCGCGGUCCUCCAAGAGUCGAGCUUUGAGAUCAUUUCAUUGGACAGCAGAUCAUCGUCUGGUUUCUCUGACAAGUUCGCUGGCCGUCUUUGUCGUGAUGCUGCCCCGGUGAAUGAGUCUAAUUCAGCUCCUCUGUUGGACUCAGCCAGCUGCUUUGUGGACAUCGACUGCAACGGAGAUGCUGUGACCCGCGUUCUAGCGGAGCUGGAUCUGAGCGACGACGUGGAGGUGCUCAGCAUGCAAGAGUACACUGGUGAUACAGCAGAACUUCUACGGACGCCUUCUCCAGGUGUGGCAGAGUCGGACCAGAAAGUGGAGGCCGCCGGUGCUGCGGUGAAGGCCGAGCUCGGUUUGAGCGAAGAGCAGGAUCAGUGGGGAGCGCUCUCUUUGAUUCCUAAAGGCAAUAGCCAAGAGUGUGCAGAACAAGCAAAUAGUUUGACCGACAUGCCCGCCACAUCAACACCGAAAAAACAGACGGCGAAUGGACAAGUGGUGACCUCAAACAUUACGCAGGUCCUAGAGGGACAAUUUGUAGGAAGUGGAUACCACAGAGACGGCACAAGAGUAGAUGUGCAGUGUGACAUUUGCAGGACUAACCUCUCUGAUGGAAGCUUCAUGUUCUGCGUGUGGAUUAAAAGAUCAAACCAGCAGGGGGCGCUAUUGCGAACUGAGCCUUCACUUCACAACCAUUCAGGAGCUAGCCCAGGAAAGAGGUCUGGCGAGGCCGGUCAAGGAGAAGCGCUGCGCUCCACUCUGGAUCUGGAGCAUUCUCGAGCUUGUGACGGGCAGUUUGAAGAAGAAUACCAGCCAAUCAAAUCUGUGGGGAAAGGAGCAUUUGGGUUUGUCUGGAAGGCAAUAAGACGCUGUGAUGGACAAGAAGUAAUUGUGAAGUUUAUUAGCAAAUCAAGAAUAAUGAGCGACUGCUGGGUAGAUGACCCCAUGUUGGGAAGAGUGAGCCAGGAGAUUGCCAUAUUGACCAGAGUUCAACACCAUAACAUUGUCAAGGUAGCAGAGGUGUUUGAGAAUGGAAGCUAUUUCCAGAUGGUGAUGGAGAAACAUGGAGACGGUUUGGAUCUUUUUGAAUUCAUAGACAUGCAACCAAGACUGGACGAGCCCCUGGCCAGCUACAUCUUUAGACAGAUUGUGGCAGCUGUUUUCUACUUGAGGGCAAAGAACAUCAUUCACAGAGACAUAAAAGAUGAAAACGUCAUCAUUGAUAAGUGCUUUCACAUCCGAUUGAUAGAUUUUGGCUCUGCAGCCAUUCUGUCUCCUGGGAAGCUGUUCUAUAAUUUUUGCGGCACGUUGGAGUACUGCUCCCCAGAGGUGCUUCGGGGAAAUGCCUAUGAGGGACCAGAGCUGGAGAUGUGGUCUCUGGGGGUUUUGCUCUACACUCUGCUGUUCAGUGAGAACCCGUUCUGUGACGUGGGUGAAAUCCUUGAUGCCAAACUUCAGCCUCCAUUCCCCCUGUCUCCAGAGCUGCACGGUGUUUUGCAAGGCCUGCUGCACUCUAAUCCCGCAAAGAGGAUGACUUUAGACCAGCUUCUGUUGCAGCCGUGGAUCAGCCAGCCCAUUUCCCUGGCCGAAUACAGCUGGACUGAGGUGGUUCCUGCAUCUCGGAGCCUCUGUUCGCCACAGAAUCAGGAGCCAAGUCCCACUGCAUACGCGGGACGGAGCUUGUUCCCAGAUUGUGGCGAUGAGACUCUGUCGGAGGAAGAUGAGGAUGAAAAUCAGUCAAUGGCGGCCCUGGAAACUGAGCUCCAAAAAUACCUUUUGCGGGAUUGAAGACUAAACCUGAAGCAGCAGAAAUCUUAAUAGUCUGUCUCACAUUUUGUAAUAUGAAGAUCUAAGUUACAAAACAAGAAAUAAGCUUUUAGAAGGGAAAUCUAUUUUGUACAGGAGAUCAAAUUUUAAGUUUUUUUAGAGGCUUUUUUAGUAAACAAUUUUUUUAAAUCAUUGGCUCAUCGCAAUUUUCCUCCAGUGAUAUUUUAUGAUCCAUUAUGGGGAAGAAGAAAUGAACAAAAGAAGUCAAACCUUUUUGACUUAUUUGAUUUCAUAGUCCAAAAUUGGUUUAGAUAUAUAUAUUUUUUCAUGUUUGCAAAGAAAUGCAUGUAGCAUUGUGUGGAUAGUUUCCUAGUUUUCCAUUUUUUCAUUAAUUUAUUUUUUGAAUUGCGACUUUUUAAUCCGAA